UUAUAUUAUAUUAUAUAUUAUAUAUAUUAUAUUAUAUUACAUAUAUUAUAACACCAUAUUGGGUUGUAAGGAGUUACUCUGUGCCCUUUUUCUUUGGACAUUUGUUUUGGACAGGUGUUUUUUUUUUUUCCUAAAAUAUUCUCAAUUAACAAAUUUUUGUCCUUUGAAGUUAAAUCCUUUCCAUGUUAAGUAAUUUUGAAUGCAGAGUGAAGUAGGCGGGGGAGUUUAGAGUGGGGAAUGCUGCCAGUGUUGGAGAUGUGUAAUAAUUAUAUAUAUAGAAUAAGUCAGUGGUGACAUUUAGCACUAGUGGAACAGCAGAGUACUAGUGCGUAGGCAUUUGAACAACCUAGAGCCAUUACCACAGUCACACAUAACACUGAUGUGGUUUCCUGGAAAUACCCUGCUAUGCAAACACAUUCAUUUGCAGACUGCACUAUUUCACUAGGGAAUGCUUCAGUGAGAAACUGCAAUCAGGCUUUUAUCACUACACGCAAACAGAAUAUUUUUAUUUGAUGCUUUUUCUUCAUUUUAUGUUACUUCAUGAGUUAACACCAAAUUAAUUAAAUUUACAACAAAUUACUUUCAGUUUAACUUAAGACCUAAAGACAGAAAACAUGGCUAAACAUUUGGACAAAUAAUUGUUGUGUCCUCAACAGCCACAUGAUAAUAGAGUAAUAGUGGAAUAGAGUAAUAGAGCUUCAAUGCUUCACUGAAAAUAAUAUUUUUCUAGCUGUUACAAAAUCUGUUUAAAAACCCGUUUUCUGACCCCUGUGUCACAAAAGAUUAAUUUUAAGUAAUUCAAAUCACAAGACUGGAAAUGCUCAUGUCAAAUGUUGUACUGUACUGUUUUACUGUUGCAACUGACUGAUAAAAUUACCUCUUAAAUCUUUUUUUGUCUAGCUACUAGUGAAUUGUACCACUAGAGGGUGCCAUAAAGUUUAGGAUUAUAAUCAUUCAAUUUACAUGUCAUGAUCAUAGGAUUAUAUAUACGAUACAUUUAAAAUUCUGAAUUAAUUUUUAGUUGAGUCACCAAGAUAUAACGCAAUAAAAUAUCUAAAAAUACACACAGAUAAUGUUAACAUCCUGAGCCUGUUGCGCGGUGGGCGGACACCCCAACAACUGCGGUGUAGAAAACAAACGCCCCCUCCUCACGUGACACUCGGUGCUCCGUUUGAGACAUGGCUGUAGUAGAGAGACAGCACCUAGCCUAGCACUAAAUAAACACUUGUAGCUGUUUUAACACGAUUCUGACAAAGAUGAAACCUUUAGAUUCGGAUGAAGAGGAUGCGGAGCAACCUGGUGCAUAUCAAAAAGAAGUACGGCAGAGGGCCAAUGAGAGCAUCCAGGAGCUCAGCAGUGCUCUGGAAAAGCCCAGUCCCUUUGCUGAAGCGGAGCAGGAGGCGAUCGUCAGGGGCAGUGAGGGAGGUGCUUUCCUUCUACAAGAUGCUAAGAUUGAGUGGAGCCAGAAAACACAGAGUGAAGCAGUUAACCAGCUAAAAAGUCUUCUUCUCAAGCAAGUCAAAGAGAUUCCUGCUUCAAAGAGACAUUCUCCACCCAGGAGAGCCCCACAAGAGGGCAGGUCCAGUAUACACACUGUUCAGGAUCUGGUCCCAAUGAUCCACAACCAGUCAGAUUAUAUUCAGCACCUGGAAGCAGAAGUAAAGUUCUGCAAAGAAGAGCUUCAGGGGAUGAAACAACAUGUGAUGGUGGUUGUGAUGGAGAAUGAGAAGUUACAGGCGGAACUCAAAUCUAGAGCAGAGGAGUCACUCAAAGAUUUCACUAUACAGACAACGGUGAAUGACGGCAUGUCUUCCAAUAAAUGGGAAAAUGAGAUGGAACAACUAAAGGUUAUUUAUGUAGCUCAAACUGAAAGUUUAGAGGCUCAGGUUAUUUCUCUCAGGAAAGAGUUGGCAGCCUCUCAAAAAGAAUGUGAGGAAGUCCGAGUUCAUUUGAGACACAAAGAAAAGCAGUUAGCCCAUGCCACCAAAACUGAUGGAGUGCCUCAUGUGUCAGGCUUGUGUCUCAAGUGUGCCCAACAUGAAGCUGUCUUGGCUGGGACACAUUCACAUGUACAUGUCCAGGCUAUUGAAAGAUUGACAAAGGAACGGGAUGAGUUGCUCUUGGCUCUGCAGACAUUACGUGCCAGUCAGCAGGAGGCACAGCAGAGGGAGUGGUCCGCUUGUCUUCAGGUUAAGCAGGCAGUAGAGAUGGCUGAAGAAGCAAAUCUCCAUAAAGCAAGGAUAGAGGUGCAGUGUGAACAAAUGUCACGAGAGUUGGGGCGACAGAGGGAGCAACUAGAAAGAGACAGACAAGGCCUAAAGCAGAGACUGAGUGAAGCUCGAGAAGAGGGCAGAGUUGAGUCUCGCAAACAGAAAGAAGAGCUUACAAAAACAGUUUCUAAUCUAACCCAACGCCUGGCUGAUUUGGAAGGGCAGCUAGACCGAGCAAGCAGAGAUAAGACCUCAUUAUCCAAUCAGUUGGAUGACACUGUUCGCAAAUUCACUAAUCAGGAGCAAGACAGCACCAGGCUGAAUGUGGAUUUGCGAUACCAGCUAAGCCAAGCCCUGCUGAAGAAAGAGGAGGCAGAGCGAGAACUCCGAGAUCUCACUGCUAAAACACACCGACAGAUAGAGAAGGCUGCACAGGAAGUGGAAAGGUUGAACUCGGAGCUGGUUGGCUGUCGGCAGCAUCUGGAGGCGGUCCAAAAGGAUGGGAGCCAAUGGCAGGCCGAAGCCCUGAGCCUAGCAGAACAGCUGGCAAAUGCCCAGCGCCAACUGCACCUCACCAGACAGGAAAAGGAAAGUGCAGAUCGGGCAUACGAGGAGCGAAUAGCUUCUACAAACCUGGCGGCACAGGAGAGAGAGCAGGGGCUGUCCACAGAACUGGAGAAGACAGAGGCCAAGCACCAAAGGACAGUGGCAGAGUUGGAUGGCCUGCUGAGCUCCCAAAAUUCCCUGAUAAGGAAAAUGAAGGAGGAAUGCGCCACUCUGGGAGCCCUGCUGGAAGAGCGCACUGAAAACAGCAGGCGUGAAGUGGAGCAGUUGUGUUUGGAGAGGAGACACCUCUCGGACACAGUGAAGAGUCUGAGAGCGCGCUGUGUGGACCUGGAGCAGCAGUGUGUGCAGCACGGGCGCAUGCACCAACGCAUGAAAGACAGGCUGCAGCAGUUGGACCGUCACUGUCAGAGCAGCGCUCAGCAGGUGUGUGAGCUGCUGGCCAAACAGAACCAGCUGAUGCACGAGAGGAACGCACUCACAGAGGAGAUGCACAACCUACGCAUCGAGCUUCCUAAUGUGAGACAAGUGGACGUACUGACCACAUGACCUGGAGGUACGUGUGCAGCUGACCAGUUCUAAAACUGAUCUCCCAGAAGUUGGACCAUUAAAAGAGUUGGACACAAUUGGACACAAUAUGAAAUAGAUUUUUUACACUUGUGGGGUGAAAAUGUAAGCUUUUAUAGUUAAAUUAUGAUUUUCUUUUUCUGAGUGAGACUUAAUUAUUUGCCUUGUAGAUCUAUUACUCCUUUCACUUAUAGACAUUCAUUCAUUCAGACAAGAAGACACACAAAGGAGAGCAGAUUGACAUAGUGCUUUAUUGAAGCUGUCUGUAAGAAGGAAAAUAAUGUGCAUCCCUAUCAUAUACAUUUCAUGUGUAAAAAUACUAAGGAUGUACAGUGUAAAAAACAGCUUCAUGUUGAUGGUAAGUAGUUGUUUUCACGUGGAGGCAGCACUGUGUCCUGACAGCACGAGGACAGAGCUGUUGGAUCUGCUUUUGUGUGAAAAAUCUUUGUUCCCAGCUCUGUCCCAGAGUCAACAACACCUCAUGAAGUUGACUUGACAAUGCUUUUUUUGGGAAACUUGACCACUCAAACAACUGUAAAGCUACAGUAGAUUUGGACAUAGAAAUCUGAUAUAGUUUGUAUUAUGAGCCUUUUUGAAUGUGUUAUUAAUAAAUGUGUCUCAUGCUU